AUGGGCGAAGGUCGGAGAGUACAGGGCGUAGGCCCGGUAGGUGAUGGUCUUCAUGAGUUGUGGGCAGUCGACAUUAUCGAUGCCGCAGCCAAUUAUUGCGGACAGGGUCUUGGGAUGGUCCUUGUCGUGGUUGGAGGUGGGAGGGGCGGGGCCCCGGAUGUACUGGAUGGCAUUGAGGUCGUCGGCAGCAAGGUGGUCCCAGUCGGGGCAGUGUCGAUGUGGCUCGGAGAGGGCGGAGCCCAGUGGAGACAACUUGAGAGACACAUCAUGAAGCUCAUUCCCGAAAUUGUGGAAGAACGAGGCAAGCUCCCCGGCGGUGCGCGGCGUCCGCCUGGUGAUGCAGUUGAGGUAAGAGCACAGCGUCAGCAGGGAUCCUCGCCGCCGCAGGUGGGAGUGAGGAUGGUGAGAAGAAUGUUGCCAGUUUGCUGA